CGCCGGCGGCCGCCGCACCGGCUUGCGUGCUAAAAACGCGGUAUUGGAGGCCGAAAUUAGCGAACUUUAAGCUCAUAAGACACGAUUUCAGAGACUUCACACAUAUUUUAAGUUCUUUCUUAUAAUUAUUAUGGCUCCAUUUAGUCACUAUCACAUAUGGAAUCAUUACCUGAUGCCCAUAAACUGAGCCGGUAUUCUUGACUUGCCGAUGCAAUUUAUCAUCAAAUAUCAUCGUUCCUCGGCAGUCAAACAAGUUCCUAUUGAUGAUUUAAUACAAAUAUCAACUUAUUUUCAUGUUAUCACAUAAAACUUCACUUUAUUCUAACAUUGGCUCUUCGGCUGUAAUCACGAACCCUCACUUGUCAGCAGAAUUUAAGCAACUUCUUAAAUCAAAACUGGGAAAAUAAUAUUUUCAUGACAUUCCUCAAUUCCUGUUCUACCAGGUUCACAAAAAUUUUCAUCAAAAUCGGCUACAGCGGGUGGAGCCGGCCCGAGUCUCGAGUGGAGACCGGCUACCAGACAUCCGACCGGCUAUCAGACGAGAGCAGGCGUUCCUGUUAGCCCCCGCCGCGAGAGGGGGCGGAGAGCUGACUGACGGUGACGUCCAGCGAGGGUCGCAGUACCGCGCCACCGACAGCCCGGGGCGGCCUCAGGCGGCCUGCUGCGGCCGCCAGCACCGACAGUCGGCAGAGACCAAUCUGCACCCGGCACGUAGUCAUCCAUAAGGGUUCUUCUGUCUUCAAUGCAGCGCUGGAUACUAGGUGCUGAAUAAGUGUUUUGACAGCUUUGUGCAGUCCUAAGCACCGCCCUGAAGAACCAUGUCAGGAAGCGAUCUGGAUAGGUUUAUGCUGGCCUGCUCCGACCUCAAUCAGCCAGCCAAAUCACGGCUCUUUCAGAAUCGUCCUGGACUCAAGGAUAUCAAGGUGCAGUCGCGACCGACCACGCAACCAGCGAGUUUCCAGACGAGUGUCAAGGCCCGCGACUGGUCGCAGCUGGAUUUGGGCGACGCCUUUAGCCAGGCGGCACCGCCACAGCCGCCGCCGUCUCUGUCACCAGCGGCAGCCCCACAAUCGGUCGAUGUGAAAGCCGACUCUGACUGGGACGAGUUCGAUGAGUUCCAGAGCUGCCCGCCUCCUCCGGCGCCGGCGCUCUCCGCGCCGCUGUUAGCCCCGACCUCGCUGACUGGCUCGUCCGCCCUGGCGACCGCCUUUCUGCCCCCGGCAGCCGGCCUCAGUCAGAAUGUACUCCAGAGCGGCCCGGUACCCAGCGACUUUGUCGCGCCGCCCAGCGCCGGGACUGGCUGGCCGCCGCAGGCGGAGCCCGUGGCAGCCGCCGCGUACACCCCUGUACCGGCCGUGCAACCUACUGCCAAGCCCACACGAUUUAGACAGGGCCUUGUUCCGUUUAACGCCUACCCCAAGCACGAUGGAUCGCUGCUGGACCAGUCGCCCGUGGCUGAAGAAAGCGCCCCUUCACCGUACGACGGGCGACGAGGGAUCUACACUCAGGAAAAGGAGAUUCGGCGUCUGCCGACGUCAGAGAGUUUACCGCCUUCCGGCGCUGCUGUCGAUCAGCUGUUCGCCCAGAGUUGGUCACCUUUGACUUCGAAUACUUCGAAUAACGCCGGACAGGGCUGGAACGAACCUGUCGCAACUGGAACACCGAACCUACUGGAGCUGGCGACACCCUCAAAUCUGCCGCCUAGCGUCAGUUCUAAUCAGAGCAACCCAGUCGCUGCUCCAGCCCCCAGUUUGGAUGUUUUUACGGGCUCCCAGACUCCGGCGUCGGACAACUUUUCGGCGCCGCUGGUGCCACUGCAGCUGGAUCUGGGCGGUGUAGCGGUGGUGGCUAAACCUGAAGAGGCCGCUGACGAGGACUUUGGCGAGUUUGUGUCUGUGGAGCGUCCGUCGGCGAGCGGCGCGUCGAGUCGACACGGCUCACUGCCCAGCCUGGACCUGCAGGUGGCGCCGGCGGCCGAGGCCGGCGAGGUGUCGCCACUGGAGCCGGACAGACGCGAUACCGACGGAGAGCCGGCGGCCGCCAAGCCGGACAAAUACGACAGCUUCCGACAGGAGGUGAUGAGCCCGCCGACGAUGGCCCGGUCGGCGCUGGUGGCCGAGUGGCGCCGCUGUCUGCAGGCCUGCUACGAGCUCAUUCAGGAGGGCGUGGCCCUGUUCGGCUCUGUGGACAACCAGCGCACGUGCUCCGAGGUGGCUGGGUCACGCCAGGGGGCGCGCUAUAUGGACAACCUGAGCCGCGUGUAUCGGGUGGCCAGCCGGAUCGAGCGAGCCUGCGAGCGGCACAGUUGUGUGAAGGAGCUGGACCUGGUGCUCUCCGAGACCUGCAAGGCCUGGGCCAACCUGACGUCGUUCGUGGCCAAUUCGCCCGCCCAGACUGCGUCAGAGGUGCGCGGCUGUUGGUCGGAGGUGGGCGCGUCUUCGCCAGCCUACUGCGGCGUGUGUCUGCUGCCCGCCGAGGAGGCGGCCGGUGACGAGCCGACACUGGCCUGCGCCGGCCACCAGUACCACGCGUGCUGCGCCAAUCUCUGGGUCAACCGGGUGGCCGACGUGCUCCCAGCGCUACGACCCUAGUCGUGUGUAGGACUUAGCCCUAGCUGGAUAUCGACUAUUAUUUAUCUGAAGUUUAUGAGAUUGGUUAGUCAGUUUAUUAUAAUUUUAUCUAUUUAAUCAAUGAACCGAAUGUCUAUGAUUUCUUCAAGUUUGUGGAAUGGGCAGAUCGAGUGGCCGCACAUGAGUAUCGGCGAGGGUCUGGAGCUGAAGCUAUGUGAUUAAAUGGGGUAAAAGCGUCCUCUCGUUUGGGGAAAGUAAAAUGAUGUGUUGUGAUUGAACGAUAUACAUUCCGUGAUGUUUAUUCAUUUGAUGUGCACCUGCUUGUCGGAAAUAAGUGUUGAGUAUUUAUUGAGCAUUGUCAAAAAUCGGUCAUAAGUGAGUAUAAAUACUGGAAACGAUGUCCUCUAAUAAACGGACUACAUCGGUCCAAAUUAACGAAA